AUGAAGGACGCCUUCCAUUGCAAUAUCGACAAUAACGGUUCAAAAAAACAACAUCACGCGCUAACCGCGGCAGUACCAUCAACACCGACAGCACCACUGGAGAUUGAUAAACCACCACCACCACCUCACCGCCACCACCUUCUCCUUCUACCACUACUACUGCCAUUGCAGCAGCCACCGCGACGUGGGAAGCGAUCAUGUGGAUUUUGGGUGUGCAUUUGUGUGUGCCAGUGCCUACCUAACUGCAAAUCGACGACGACGAUGCAACCUCAUGACUGCCUGCCUGCUUGCCUGCCUACCCACCCACCUACUCACCCACAAAGCCACUCCAACACCUAUCUGAGCACCCUCCUCCCAUUGGCUCAGGCAUCCGCAUUACCGAAUACCACGCACGCAUUGAUUUGUGACAAACAACACGUCGGUAACACCAAUUAUGUCGCCACCGUGAUGUCGACGUCAAUUAACAAGCGCAUCCUGACGCAAAUUAUCACACCAGUGGGUACACAUCACAUGUUCCACUUCUCCACAACAUCGUCACUCACACCAACUCCACUCCUCUCCUCCAUCCACCAAAAGGACAACAACGCAUCCUCCCCUCCACUCUCCUCCCCUCCCCUUGCCCCACCUCACCUCACUCCGCCUCGCAUCCCUUUGCCUACCCUCACCACAUCCCCAUCAAACAAUCAACAAUCCACUCCAAAACAAAGCAUGGACAAGGCACCUCUCACUACUCCUCGCCUACACAGUCUUCAAAUCAAUCGUCCUCUCACUGCCGCCUUCUUUCCCCUCACCAAGAAACACACACACACACACACACACAACCCCAUCGUAAUGUCACUUGUCACAUGUUUGGCGCAUCCUCAUCACACCGCCUCCACUUCUCCAUCAACAUUGUGCAAGCAUUCCCCACGACACCAAACACUCCACCAGUACUACAAAUGA